AGCUAGCUGUACCCUAGCCCUAGCUUUGACCUUUGAUCAGGAGGCGGUACUACUAAGCGCAAGCUAAGGUAUACAACUUAACUAUUAUAGCUAGCUUACAGGAUCAGGUGGUUGCAGGAUCACCAGUUUUCACAUCUCAGACUGUUCCUUACAUCUGUCCAUCAAUGUCCAAAAUUAAGAAGAAACAGCGAAGUGCAGCCAAUACAACUGAGUCAGCAACUCUCUCUGUGAACGAGAAGAUUCUUCAUGAGUCUUUCCAGCUGUAUACAGACGAGGAAAAAGGGUUGAUAGUUUUGGGUGAGAAAGUUGGAUUGACUCUUUUGGCACCGAGGAAGAAAAUCACAGUGCUGCUCAUUGGGAACCACUCCGCUGGGAAGAGCUCAUUCAUCAACUGGUACAUCGAAGAGCAUGUUCAAAGGACAUCAGUCGCCAUAGAAACUCAAGGUUUUACGCUAAUCACAAGUGGAAAGAAGAGAGAGUCCUUGACAGGAAUGACCACACUGCAUGUGUUUCCUCACAUUAGAGACUUGGAGCAUAUUGAAGGUGUGGUGGAUUAUCUGGACACCCAAGUGUCUACCUCCAAGCAGAAGAAGUUUAACCUGGUGACGUUUAUAGACUCACCUGGACUUGUGGAUGGUGAUAUGAACUAUCCCUUUGAUGUAAAUGAGGCCAUUAUCAUGCUGGGAAACACGGUUGACUUGAUCUUCGUGCUUUUCGAUCCGUUAGGACAAGCACUCUGUAAGAGGACACUCAAUAUCCUUGAGGAGCUAAGUAAGCAGAAUUCCGGAAAGUUGAAGCUGUUCCUUAGCAAGGCCGACACUGCCGGGCUAGAGAAAGACAGGCAGCGAGUUUUGAUUCAAAUCACGCAAGAGAUCUGCAAACGACCGGGACUGAAUAAGGCUGGGUUUGACAUGCCAGCCAUUUUUGUUCCCACUCUGGCUGAAAAGAGUUCUAAAUGCGAGAACCAGAUUGAAGAGUUGUGCUUGGAGAUAGAAAAUACCAUCAAUAGGAGCAUACAGAAUACCCUCAAUACACUGGAGAGAGACGCUCAGCUCAUUGUUAACAAGAUAAAUGAAAAGCAGCAACAUGACAGUGCUCAGAACCGAGCCAACUUAUCAUCCAAAUGCCGUGGCGUGGUGCUCUAUCUGUUAGCGAUAUUCCUCUUCCUCUCAUUCUGUAUCCCAUUCGCUCACAAGGUUUCAGUUGGAUCUCUGCAAUUGGAUGCCUAUCUCGAUGUUUUUUUUCUGCUAUGGAAUGCCAGUUCCGACAGCUACCAUACUGCUAUCACCCUUGGUUACCUGUUAUUUUCCCUGCUGUUGUUCUUCAUUGGAGGCAGAUGGUUUCGAACUGCCCUUACAUUGAGCCGUUCUCAGAAAAAAGAGCUUGAAGCGCAAGUGGAAUAUGUCAACGAUAUCGUCAAGGGAAGAAAGGCCCAGAUGUACAAAGACUAUCUACAGCAGAGUGUAGAGCUGACAUGACCUUUAUAUGUGUAGGUACGUAUGAUUUAUUUUUCUUGAUCCCACAUUAUACAUGUAUGAAGCAAAGUAAAAGUAAUUUCAUCUUUCAUCCUUGAA